UUGGUGGAUUACAUGUGUUGAAUUUAAAAUCUGAAGACAAACAAGUUAUUCCAUUUGAAAAUUGGUAUGGUAUAUUUUGUCAAGUACAUCAGAAAUGUGGGCAUGGAGAACAAGAUGCAACCUGGAAUGA